AUGACACGAUCAAAGGUACCCGAAGUACGCAUCGUCGAAGUCGGUCCUAGGGACGGACUGCAGAGUAUUAAAAAAACCGUUCCGACGGAGAUAAAAAUCGAGCUGAUUCAGCGACUUCGCCGGGCUCGGCUGCGCAGUAUUGAGCUUACUUCCGUCGUGUCUACGCGCAAAGUGCCGCAGUUAGCGGAUUGUCAGGAGAUAUUGACUAGUCCCUCAAUCAAAGAUCUUAUGAAAGAUUCUGAGGCAAAUGGUCUUCGUUGGCCGGUUCUCACUCCUAAUUUGAAAGGGCUGGAAAUUGCGUUAUCGAGAGGUGUCAAGGAAGUAGCCGUCUUCAUCAGCGCGACAGAAGGGUUUAGUCAGGCGAAUAUCAACUGCUCUGUUGAGCAGGGAAUUGGAAAAGCGCAAGAAGUUGCUCAGAAGGCACUCGAAGCUGGUAUUGCUGUGAGAGGAUAUGUAUCAUGCAUCUUCGUGGAUCCAUAUGAUGGCCCAACCAAACCAUCCAGCGUUCUGCGCUGUGUUCAAAGACUGCUGGAAAUGGGCUGCUACGAAGUGAGCCUAGGUGAUACAACAGGGGCUGGCACACCCGCCAAAGUAGCUACUCUGAUCAGGUAUCUCGAGAAAAACGGCAUACCUCUCAACUGCCUAGCCGGUCACUUUCACGAUACCUAUGGUCAAGCAGUAGCAAAUGUACUACAGGCUUAUAUCUGUGGUAUCAGGGUAUUCGAUGCUAGCGUCGGGGGUCUCGGAGGGUGUCCUUUUGCCCCCGGCGCGAAGGGAAAUGUGGCGACGGAGGAUGUGGUUCUUAUGUUUCAAAAUGCAGGAAUCCAAACUGGAAUAAACCUGACGGAAUUGGUUGCGACGGGUAAUUGGAUAAACCAGCAGGUCAAAGGAUGCUUGGAGAGCCUCCGAAGUGGCUACUCCUCAGAUACUCUCAACGUCCUCCAGAAGGAAUCGCAACCAAGAGAAAAGGAGUUACGGCUACCAAGUUUUCGACCAAUUUCAAUGAAGCACAUGAAAGCAUCUCUUACGCGAGUCAAACACGCUGAAAAGAUUCGCUUCCUUCAGAGCGAAGGUGGUGAUUUGAAGAUCAUUCUGAAUCGGCCGAAUAAGGGUAACAUGCUCACUACGCCUAUGAUUACACAGAUGAUCAAAUGUUUGAAAACAUACCACGGCAACUCCUCGGUGACUCGUGUCAUAAUAACAGGGGCCGGAUCAUAUUUCUGUGCCGGUAUUGAUCUUAAACGCGAACGUUCCAAGAACAGUGCCUACAAGGAGGCAGCAGUAGCAGAGAGAAAUAACGCCAUUGAUCUUUUGGUACAACUUUUCGAGAUAAUCGACCAGUACCCCAAACCAGUGAUUGCAUGCUUGAACGGACAUGCCUGCGGCGCCGGUGUAGCUCUCGCAUUUGCUUGUGAUGAGCGCAUCAUGAUUCAGACCGCAACCAUCAACCUAGUUCCAAAGAAAGAGAAAAACAUGUUAUCCGAUUUGCUGACUCGAUACUUUUCUUCAGCGACAACAAAAGAAGCUGAGGAAUGGCCUGGGAAAUUGUCAGCUCGGCCCAUAUCUGGCUCCGAGCUACAGAUUCUAGGCCUGGUCACCGAGAUUGCGGAGGGUAAGAAGGAUAUGCAGACAAAGCUAGAUAGCUAUCUGUGCGUUAAAGACACACCUGGAAGGAGAUUUGGAUCUGUGACGAAGUUAUGA